CAACGGGAACCAUGGGCAGGUAAGGGUCUGCGUGAUGUGGGGGAUGGGUCAAGGCAAGGGACAGAAUUUCAGGCUCUCUCUUUUAAGAGGAACAGUGCCCAUACUGUUCCAUUUUUGAAGGGAAAGCGGACGUUGAACGACGGAUCAUUCGGACAAACGUUUAAGUUCAACCCUAUUGAAGACAAUAAUGAAGAGUGGCAGCAUGAGAAGAUGAAGGAUCAUACAUCCUAUGGAG